CAACAUGAGCACAGUGAUCAGACCGUGCAAACCCACCUAGCAUGCCACACAAAUCCAUUCAUGCAAUAACCAAACCAAAAGCAAACAACCAUUAAACCAGACAUAGCUACCCCAUCCUUCCACCACGUACCUUACAUGCAGAGCCCAAAAUCCUCUACAAAAACCUCAUCACCAACACCAAUUCCAGUCACCAAAAACAACCCAAUUAAGCAGUAUACUCAUGGCUAAGCUCACUUUAUUAGCAGCUAUUUUAACAUUCCUUAUAGUCGUUGCCAACACCUGUGCCUACAGCGUUGCCAACAUUGAGGUCGAUGGAUACAGGGAUGCAGACAUGCGAGCUCCGGUGAGGUCGACAUGCUGUGAGCAAGUCCAAAGGCAGGACCUCAACCAGUGUGUGCAAUACUUAAAGCGUGCAAGCGAAGGGUACCUAAGCUUGCGAAGAGGAUGUGAUGAAAAGGAAGAGCAGCAGCAAGCAGCUCUGCUAUGCUGCGAGCAGCUGAGGCAAUUGGAUGACAAAUGCCAAUGUGAAGGGGUAGUUGAAGUGUUCAAGGAGCAAAUGCAACAGGGACAAUUGCAAGGCCAAGGGAUGAGAGAGAUAUUGCAGAGGGUUAGGGAGUUGCCUGAGAUGUGUGGCUUGGAAACCCAGCACUGUGAAAUACCAUCUGGGUGUGGUUUUGCUUUCUAAAUUAAAGCAGCGCAUUUUCAAGUUUACUCCAGUAGAGUUAUAUGAUAUAUAGGAGUGAAAAAUGCUAGCAACUAGAAAGCACUGACAACUUUUUCGAAAUUAUUUUUAUCAAGACAACUUUUUCGAAAUUUCAAUUGGCCAUAUCCACAUCAUGGGAUGCUGCAUAUACACUUAAAAAAGGAGAUCAGGAAUUGCUAAUAAACCUUUGAAAACACCAAUGGAUUAUGUAGGACUUUAUAGAACACGCAAAAGGGCUCGAAAACACUUCCAUUAUCCCAUCUUUCAUGUGGCUACUAAGAGAGUAACCAACUAUAGACCAUCGGCACAACGCGUAUCAGAAUUUCAAGGGGGGGCAGAAGCAUUCGAGAGAGCAUACUGUUCCCUUUGGAUGGUUCAUAACUCUUAUCAUUCAA